AUGCCAGCCGAAAGUAAACAUCGAUCACGUGGUCCAGGUCGAUGUCUGUCAUUUGUAGUGUUUCUGGUCGCUCUGAUUGCAAUAGCCGGUUUGGCUGUGUCAAUUCUGACGUAUAUCAAACUGAUGAAUGAUGAGGAAAUAAUGACGUCACCAUCGGCUGCAGUUGGAUUGGCAAAUGGCGAACACAUAAUGACGUCACCAUCGUCAGUCAUGCCUGUCCCAGAUCCAAGAACCGAAGCCGUAGUUGCAUGCUACCCAGAAGAGAACUUCAACCAGGCGCAAUGCGAAAAGAACGGGUGCAAAUGGUUAGGGUCAAAUCAUCCUCGUGUCCCGUCAUGUGUAUUUGAAAAUAAUGCUGGGUAUGUAAUUGAGACCAACGAUACACAAACCGAGACCGAACGCUCAGCCACCCUUAAAAGAGCAGGACUCACUGAAAUGUACGGGAUGGAGGUUCGGGAGCAGAUCAAGGUUACCGUGGAAUCGAUUGGCGACCACAUGCUACGAAUAUAUUUCGCCGCGAAUGAUUCUUGGGAGAUACCCAGUGAAGCUCUUCCUAUGAAACGGCCAACCGGUACCAGUACAAACAAACAAUAUGACGUCAAGUUUGUGACGUCACCAAUCUUCGGAGUUGUGGUGACUCGUAAAUCCACUGGUGCUGUUGUCUUCGACACGUCCAUCCCAGGCCUGAUAUUUACUGAUCAAUUUGUACAAAUUUCGACUCGUCUUCCAUCCGAUAAUCUUUAUGGGUUUGGAGAGCACCAGCACAGGCGCUUUAAGCACGAUAUGAAUUGGAGAACUUGGCCAAUUUUCACAAGAGACGUCGCUCCUGUGGACGAGGGAAUAAAUAUGUACGGAGCCCAUCCGGUUUACAUGAACCUUGAAAACGACAGCAAGGCUACAAUGGUAUUCCUGAAGAAUAGUCACGGGAUGGAUGUAGUGUUGCAGCCUAAUCCAUUUCCUGCCAUAACUUACAAAACUCUGGGUGGGAGUCUUGACUUCUAUGUGUUCAUGGGACCUUCUCCACAGCAGGCCGUCCAACAGUAUACAGAAGCUAUUGGUAGACCUAUGAUGCCGCCAUAUUGGUCAUUAGGAUUCCAUUUAUGUAGAUGGGGCUACAAAAACCUCACUGAAGUCGAAAAUAUCGUGGAAAGGAAUCUGAGGGCUGGUAUUCCUCAGGACACUCAAUGGGGAGAUAUUGAUUUCAUGUACAAGAAAUUUGUGUUCACUGUGGACAAGGCAACCUUCAAAGAGCUUCCAGAGUUCGUCGACUAUCUUCACUCCAUAGGAAAGAAGUAUAUCGUCAUAGUGGAUCCUGGUAUAGGAAACAACGAUACUAUCAUCACUGAAGCCGCAAAGAACAGCCCCAGUUACAACAUGUAUCAGGAUGGAAAGGAUGCAAAUAUAUAUGUCAAAAAGUCUGAUGGAGUUCAGGAUUUCGAAGGAAAAGUUUGGCCAGGCCGUACAGUGUUCCCAGAUUUUACAAAUCCAAACUGCUCAUCUUGGUAUGCAAAAUGGAUACGGUAUUUCCGUAAUUCCGAAAACGUAUCAGUGGACGGACUCUGGAUUGAUAUGAAUGAGCCAGCGAGUUUUAGCUUUGAUGAUCCGAAUCUUCCUGAAAGUAUGAAAUGUCAAAAUAACAGCUGGAACAAUCCACCAUUUAUGCCACACAUUUUACAAGGUGAUACCGGUGAUCUGUUCAGGAAGACCGUAUGUAUGGAUGCCAAGCAGUACUGGGGAGAUCAUUAUAAAGUCCAUAGUUUGUAUGGUCACUCUCACGCCAUUGCCACGCAUGCUGCACUUAAAGAAGUCAUGCCGGGAAAGCGUCCUUUCAUAGUGACAAGGUCGUCUUUCGCGGGAACCUCUCAAUACGCUGCUCACUGGUUGGGAGAUAAUCAGAGCCAGUGGAGACAACUGCCCUGGUCCAUUAUCGGAAUGCUGGAGUUCAGUAUGUUCGGAUUCUCAAUGAUUGGUGCUGACAUCUGUGGAUUUUACUUCAAUACAAACUAUGAGUUGUGCCUUCGCUGGAUGCAAGUUGGGGCUUUUUAUCCGUUUGCUCGAAACCACAACGCUCGAAAAGGGGACGACGGCAAAUUCUUCCGUGACCAAGACCCUGCCUCGUGGGACGAGGAGUUUGUUGGGAUUACACGUCAUAUCCUGUUGAUUCGGUACAAAAUGCUGCCGUAUUACUACACUCUGUUUCACGAGGCACAUUUGCACGGCAAAACUGUUGCCCGUCCACUAAUGUUCGAAUUUCCGGAGGAUAAGAAUACCUGGAAUAUUGACAGACAAUUCCUCAUAGGGCCCGCCUUUAUGGUCACUCCAGUGCUUGAAGAGAAUAAAACAACCGUUGACGGCUAUUUUCCUAAAGGAAGAUGGUUUUCCUAUUAUGAUGGAGAGGAAAUACAUAACCCAGGCGCCAUGAAUACUCUCAAUGCCCCUCUCAGUGUUAUAAACUUACAUAUGAGAGGAGGGUACAUUAUACCUAUGCAAGAACCAGCUAAUUCCACUGUUUACAGUCGAAAACGUGACUUUGGUUUAGCUGUUAAUUUCGAUGAAAGUUUCCGUGCUGAUGGACAUCUGUUUUGGGACGACGGAGAAUCGGAAGAUACGUUUGGAAGUAAUGAAUAUCUUUUGGUACAUUUCAACGCAACGAAGGGAGAACGCCUUGACAUAACUGUGAUACAUGAUGGGUAUGCAGAAGCUCGCUCACUUAAAAUUGGUAUGAUAGAACUGUUCGGAUUUAUAUCUUUUCCUGGAGAGCUAUACAUCGACGGGAAAAGACUUCCAGCCAAUCAGAUCAGGUUUAAGUAUCACGUUGUCCAGAUCGUUGAUCUCAACAUCCCUAUCGCACAGAAUCAUACAUUGACAUGGACAGUCUAUUAAUGAACGGUUG